UGUGUGAGAGAGAGAGAGUGCGAGCUUCUUCGUCCCAAACUCAAACAUCAAACAUAUCCUCUCAUCUUUGCACCCGGCCGACUUUGAAGGAUUUCAAUUCUUCAUAUACCCUGCACUACAGAGUAGUGGAGACAAGUAGAGAGAAGAGCCAUGAGGCGGACUCUGCUGAGAAAUCUCUCUCUAUACGCUCGCAACCGCCUCGCCACAUCUAAUCCUAGCCCUUCACUGGCCACCUCUACUACUAGACUCUUCUCCUCCGAUGAGAACGAAUCAUCGUCCCCCAAUGACUCCUCCCCAGAAAAACCUAAUCCCUCUCCUGAGUCGACCCUCAGCCAAAUCUUGAAGAAGGAUUCCUCCGUGCAACUCCAGGACAUCAAUAACAAAGAAAUGAAAACAAGGAUGGAGGAGUACUUGAAGGAUGGUAAGGAGGAGGCGCUCCCAUCGAUCCUCGAAGCAAUUCUGCAAAGGAAAUUGGCUGGGAAGCAUGACGACACUGAUGAUGAAUUGGUGGAUGAUCUGCAAAUGCAGCCACUGGACAAUGUUAAGGACCAAGAGUUUGAAUCCGAUUUUGAAGAAUUCCAUGACACUGAUGAGGAGAUUGAUGACUUGUAUGAUGCCAAGGAUGUAGUGGUGAAUAAGAUGGUGAAAGAUGAGUUCUUCAAUAUGGAUGACAAAAAGUGGGAUGGCAUGGUUCAGGAGGCAAUUAAACAUGGUUUAAUGAAGGAUAUGAAAGAGUGUGAGGACAUUCUUGAGGAUAUGCUUAGCUGGGACAAGCUCUUGCCAGAUGACAUUAAGAAGAAGGUAGAAGAGAAGUUCAAUGACCUAGGGGAUAGGUGUGAAAGAGGUGAGCUUGAACCUGAAGAUGCAUACAAAUUGUUUAAGGAGUUUGAGGACGAGAUUGUCUUGGAAUAUACGAAGAAGGUGGAAGCUCAGGACCCCUCACAAUUUGAUGAGAUAGCUGUACCAAACAUGAAAAGAGACAUAGAUGACCCACCAGGUGAAGGGCCUAUCCUUAGGUGGCAGACACGAGUGGUCUUUGCUCCUGGUGGUGAUGCUUGGCACCCGAAGAAUAGAAAAGUGAAGCUGUCUGUUACGGUGAAAGAACUUGGGCUUUCAAAGCAUCAAUUCCAUCGGCUCAGAGAAUUGGUUGGAAAGCGAUAUAAUCCGGGGAAAGAUGAGCUCACUAUUACUAGUGAGAGGUUCGAACACCGAGAGGAAAACAGAAAAGAUUGCCUUAGGACUCUUCUUUCCCUCAUUGAGGAAGCUGAGAAAGCUAACAAGCUGGCCGAAGAUGCUCGAAUUUCGUAUGUCAAGGAAAGAUUAAGAGCGAAUCCUGCAUUCAUGGAGAGACUGCGUAACAAGACAAUGAGGUUGCAAGGACAUACCACAGUGACUGCUUGAGGUCUUGUUUGGUAGUUGAGAAUAAAUUUCCAGUUGAUGUGAAGCCUGAAUCCUGGUGUGGUUCUGCUCAUGACUGUAUGGAAGAUGACAGUUCUGUAAUCUCUUUGUGGAGGAACUUAAUGGACCUCGAUGUCAACCAUUUCAUUAGAUACGCAGAACCAACAAGGAAGUGCCUUGGUAGCAAGGAGGAUAUGUUGCUAGUGAUCAUGAUAUUGAAGAAGGCUCAUAAGAUCUUAAUAUUUCAGUUGGACUAGCGUUGUAAUUUACUAAUGACUAGCAACUCAAACUACCAUCUAAACAUUUGUUUAUCCUAGUAUUUUGUUGGUUUCAGGCUGUUGUUUGCACAAAGCUUAGUUUGAACCAAACUGACUUUGAUGGCAUGUGCAAUUACAUCCAUAUGCUACCAUGUCCUUGUGCUUUUAAUAUAUGCUCUAUUUUAGAAUCUGAUUCUGUAAUGUGAAUAGUCUUAAAAGAUUCUAAUGGUUUGCCUCCUUAAAACCUAAAGCAUAUUCUUAAAACGCUGUUUAUGUUGAGAUAUGUAAAGAGGUAUAAU